AUGUCGGCCUUCCGUCUUCCGCAGGAAACUUGUCGUAGGUGCAAUGGCCAGCUGUCGAAGUACUGGUGGGCUGGACAAGACAAGGAAAACAGGAUCCAUUGGAUUUCUUGGAGCGCUAUUUGCCAAAUCAAGUUUACUGGGGGAUUAGGUUUCCGUGAUUUUAAUCGGUUUAACAUUGGGCUCCUCGCGAAACAGGCUUGGCGAGUACUACUCAACCCGUCCAGCCAUAUUGCUCGCAUCUAUAAGGCCCGAUACCACCCGGUACACGACUUUCUCAAUGCAUCAGCUGGUUCACGGCCAUCCUGGGCUUGGCAGGGUGUCUUAGAAGGGAGAGAUCUGCUCAAGCGUGGUCUGCGGUGGCAGGUUGGAGACGGAUCACAAAUUUGGCUUUUACAGGACAAUUGGCUGCCCUCGUCGCCACCGUCAUGUCCGAAGCUCCGACCAGGUUUGCACUCUUUCCCUUCUCGCAUCUCAGAACUCAUAUGCCCUAACUCCCAUUCGUGGAAGAAAGACCUGCUAGUUUCCUUAUUCAUGCCUGAAAGUGUGGAUCUUAUUUUGGCAAUUCCUCUUCCUGUUUCUCAUUCAUUUGACAGCUUGAUUUGGCAUUACGAUUCAUCUGGGGCUUAUACUGUAAAAUCAGGUUACCAUUUGUUGUCUAAUGAGUAUAACCUUAUCACCCGCCGCCCUUACUCCCUUUUGAUUCACGGUUUUGGAAACUGCUGUGGAGUUUGGCGGUCCCGCCAAAAAUGA